AUGGAUGUUGCUGAUGGGUUCAUACGCGAGUUCGGUUAUAAUUUCUACACACCCCAUGAGAUUAGAUCGCUCUCUGUACUCGAAGUAACUUCUAAUGCAACGUUUGACAAAGUUACCAAUCGUGGAGUCGAUGGUGGUCUUCAUGACAUGGCUCUUGGACCAUGCACUGAAAAAGAUGUAUGUGCGCAUUGCGGCCUAGGAUUCUUGCAAUGUCCUGGCCACAUCGGUCACAUAGAAUUCUCCAAACCAGUGUAUAAUCCACUGCUUUUUGACCUUGUUGUCCGCUUAUUAAAAUCUUUCUGUUUUUCGUGUUUCAAAAUUUAUGACGUCGAUCUUCUCUCCGCUUGCCUUGAACUGCUGGGCUUGCCAGAUCUUCUGCUUCCGAGCAAGCCAAAACCAUCCGAAAUUGAGGAUCUUAAAAGUCUUACCCCGGCAGAAUUGCGGAAGACCGCUAUGCGUUCUAUGGCUACUCGUCGACGCAUACCGUGCAGAAAUUGUACUGCUAAGGCAUGGGUACUGCGACACAUAAAUCACCAGCAAAUCGUGAUGAGGCCCGUAUCAGAUAUUCGAAAUUCAAGGCAUAUCGGCGUUUCCAAAUACAAUGUUGAUGCUGAUGAUGCAAACUACGAGCAUGGUGAGCUGGAAAGUUGGGCCCAAGUCGAAGCACAGCUACUGGGUGACAAAUAUACUUCACAUCCAGUAAUUUCGUUUGAAGACGAGGUUGUGGUGAAUGCUGGCGUUGAAUUAAACGACCUUGCUGAAUCUGUUCGCGACAGAUUAAAGGAACUAUCAUCUGGUCCACAAAAGGAGGCGUUUUCAUCUCCAGUGUUUUCGCAACUCGCGGUCUCCAUUUAUGAUAGUUACUGUUUGUGUGAUACAGUGGAGCAAUGGAGCAACCUUCUACGCUCAACUAUGAAGACGAGCAUCAUGACGAAGAGCACAGGGGAGGUGGAAGAGGACUAUCCGGUGUCGAGCCUCCCUGCCUCCUCCACUUCGUCCGACACGAUGGACAUCUGCGGUGGUCAGUCGGUGGACGCUGGUUGCGGCUCGUUCGUGUGUUUCACUCCAUCCGACCAAGGUGGUGGUGUUCGCUCCACAGUGUACAAUCUGCCCGAGUUCUUCACUGACUCGAUGCGUGUGAUGUACUCCCUCUUCCAGAGUGGCAAACUGACGGACGUGACGUUGCACGUGGAGAAGGUGGAGAUUGCCUGUCAUCGUAUCGUAUUGAUGGGCGCGUCGCCUUACUUUCGUGCCAUGUUCACGUCAGGUAUGCGGGAGGAGGGAGUAUCGGAGGUGCGACUGCACUACCUCACGCCGCUGGCACUGACUCGACUGGUGCACUUUGCGUACACAGGAGAGAUUUGUGUGAGCGAGAGAAAUGUCUGUGAGAUCCUCUCGGCGGCUAUAAUGCUGCAGAUAAGUGCUGUGAUAGGCGUCUGCGCCCAGUUCCUGGAGUCGCAACUGCAUGUGUCGAAUGCUCUGGGGUUGCACGAGUUUGCCACGUCGGUGGGGUGUCUGGAGUUGGCGCGGAAAACGCAGGUGUUCGUGGACCGGAACUUCUCGGAGAUAGUGAAACACGAUGAACUGCUGAGCCUCACGCCCGCACAGUUGAUGGGUCUGAUCCAGCGUGAUGAGAUUCAUGUGAGGUCGGAGGCGGAGGUGUACAAUGCCGUGGUGCGGUGGGUGAACCACGACAAGGCGAACCGGUUGGUUAGUCUGAUGGACUGUUUGGCUCUGGUGCGAUGUCAUGCCCUCGCGCCGGGAUUCAUCAGGAACCAGAUAAAGAAUUGUAGCCUCUUGGCUGAGGUGCCACAGUCGCGGUUGCACAUGCAGUCGGUGUUGAGUGACCUGCUGCAACACAAGAACAUCCCAGUGCGAUGGAGGGCGGACGCCCAUGCCCAAAUGAUAUACUCAGCCGGUGGGUAUCUGCGCUACUCCCUAAGUAACUUCGAGGCGUACAAUCGAGCAACCGACACAUGGCGCCGAUUACCUGAUCUGCCCAGUCCACGGAGCGGUUUGGCAGCGGCCUCGGUACGUGGUUGUGUCUACCUUGUGGGUGGACGGAACAAUAACAAUGAGCAAAGCAAAGUUGACGCCCCCCACAUGGAUUGCUAUGACCCCACAACGAAUCGGUGGCACACCUGUGCCCCCAUGUCCGUGCCACGAAAUCGUGUGGCGGUUGGAGUGGUGGAUGACAUGAUCUAUGCUAUUGGUGGUCUAACGCAUACCAUGCAUCACAGGACUGCAGAGAAGUCAAUGAUAUACUCAGCCGGCGGGUAUCUGCGCUACUCCCUAAGUAACUUCGAGGCGUACAAUCGAGUGACCGACACAUGGCGUCGCUUGCCCGAUGUGCCCAGUCCACGAAGCGAUUUGGCCGCAGCCUCGGUGCGUGGUUGUAUCUACCUUGUGGGCGGGCGGAACAACAACAAUGAGCAAAGCAACGUCGACGCACCUCACAUGGAUUGCUAUGACCCCACAACGAAUCGGUGGCACACCUGUGCCCCCAUGUCCGUGCCGCGAAAUCGUAUGGCGGUUGGAGUGGUGGAUGACAUGAUCUAUGCAAUUGGUGGUCUAACACACAACGUGCCCCAUAGGACUGCAGAGAAAUACGACGUGGAUGAUGAUCUCUGGACCCCGAUUGCUCCGAUGCACUACCCUCGAAUUGGUCUCGGUGUUGCUGUUGUAAAUAGACUGUUGUACGCAGUGGGAGGAUUCGAUGGGGAGCGUCGUCUGUCGAGUGUGGAACGGUACGAUCCAGAAGCUGAUGCAUGGUCAGAAGUGGCUCCACUGAAUCGACCUCGUUCUGGAGCUGCCUCCGCUGCCGCUGCCGCCGCCGCCUCCUCCUCCUCUCGCAUCGCAUCUUGGGCUGGUGUGGUUGCUAUUGGUCACUUCAUCUACGCAGUUGGUGGGUAUGACUCGCACAGUCAACUGAGGAGUAUGGAGCGAUUGAAUACGGAACAGAACGUGUGGGAGUACAUGACGUCCAUGCUGCACCCGCGUUCGGCUCUGUCGGCGUCUGUUUUGGACGGCAAGAUCUGGGUCUUUGGUGGUUACGAUGGCAACGAGUUUCUCUCCAGUGUGGAGGUCUAUGACCCCUCCCGCGACACGUGGACAAGAACUACUGUGAUGCCCUGUGGCAAGUCGGGUCACGCGGUGGUCACGAGUAGAGAGCCAGUGGCAGCCAUCGCUGCCUCCGCCACCACCUCCACCUCCCCCUCUGUUGUGAAGUGA